AUGUACGCUUUUUAUUUUAUUUUAUUUACAGUUUACGUUGCAGUUGCGAUACCAGCAAACCUGCUGUCUCUUCAAAGAAUAUAUGAAAAUGACAAAUUACACUUCAACUUGGACGAAUCGGUUAAUGCUAAUUCAUUUAAGGAAAUGGAUGCAAAAGAUACCAAUCGAUAUCUACUGUUUACAAGGUGGAAUCCAACUUCUUCCCAGGUUCUCGUAAUGGGUGAUGUUGAUACAAUUACUUCAUCUAAUUUUAAUCCUAACAUUCCAACCGUUGUAGUAGCUCAUGGCUGGCUCGGCAAUCAGAACACAAAUAUGAAUCCUGUUAUUAGAAAUGCGUUCCUCGAAAAUGGCGAUUACAAUGUCAUAAUUUUGGACUGGAGCCGAGUUUCAAUGGGAGGAUACUUUAGUGCCAUUGCAGAAAUACCUAAAGUCGGUCAAAAUUUAGGACAAUUCUUAUCUUUUCUGAACAAAGUUACUGGGGUUUCAUUCGAUUCCAUGCAUUUAGUUGGCUUUAGCUUGGGGUCUCAUGUUGUUGGAAAUGCUGGCAGGGAGCAGAAUGGAAGAAUUGCGCGUGUUACUGGUUUGGAUCCAAUUAGUCCUAUUUGGUAUUUCAACAAAAACCGAUUAAACAAAAAUGACGGCAUAUACGUUGAAGUGAUUCAUACUAAUGGUGGGGACUCAAGAGUGAAUAUGGCUAUAGGUGAUGCAGAUUUUUACCCUAAUGGAGGAAGUUCACAGCCAGGUUGUUCCUCAACUGUUUGCAAUCACAAUCGAUCCUGGGAACUAUUUGCUGCUACAGUUACCUACAAUCAUUUAGUGGGGAGAGAAUGUUUGUCAAUAGAAGAGAUUUCAUCAAACACUUGUCAAGGAAAGUUAUUUGAAAUGGGUAAUGGAAACAUAAACAAGAGAGGAUCGGGGCUGUACCGACUGGAAACUGGAAGCAUAUAUCCAUUUUAG